AUGGAGUGGGAACUCAACUUGCUGCUCUACCUGGCGCUAUUCUUCUUCCUGCUCUUCUUACUUUUCCUCCUGCUCUUCGUGGUCAUCAAGCAGCUGAAGAACUCCGUGGCCAGCACGUCCGGGGCGCUCCAGCCCGGACGCCUCUCGUUGCACCGCGAGCCUUGGGGCUUCUCCCGCGAGCAAGCGGUGUGA